AUGAGUGAAUUGGAUAUUGAUUUUAAGGCUUUCGAAAAACGGCUUUUUUUGCUGCGCGACAAGUUCCCUACGUUUGAGGAGUCGUGUUCUAGCUUGUUGUUUGUUUUAGGAUCAAGCGAUGAGGAAAAUCCUUAUCAAAAAACUACUAUUCUGCAUAACUGGCUACUUGGUUAUGAAUUUCCAGCAACAUUGAUUAGCAUUUUUAAGAAGAAAUGUGUUAUUAUUACUAGUGCAGCCAAGGCGAAGCAUUUGCUUGAUGGUAUAGAAAAGAUUAAUAAGGAACAACAACAGGGAAGCAAAGGGGAUGGCGACGAAGGAGGGUUUACAAUCGAUCUGUGGCAGAGGAACAACAAAGACCCAGAACACAAUACUAAGUUGUUUGAGGAUUUAAUUGGGUUGUUGAAGGAAGCUGGGCAGACAGUUGGGAUUCCUUUGAAGGACUCGUAUCAGGGUAAAUUUAUGACGGAGUGGAAUCCAGUGUGGGAAUCUGCGAUAUCUGAGCAUGGCUUCAAAACUGUGGAUGUUUCAUUGGGCCUGUCUACUAUUUGGGCGGUUAAAGAUGAGCAGGAACAGGCGAUGUUACACGUAUCUAGCAAAGCAUCAGAUAAGUUUAUGAAUUUGUUGUCUGAUGAACUAGUACGUGCGGUUGAUGAGGAGUUGCAUAUCACGAAUGCGAAAUUGUCAGAAAAAAUCGAACAUAAAAUUGACGAAUCCAGGUUCCUCAAGAAAUUGUCGGCAGAUAUGCUAGCCGUCUAUCCUAAGGGUGAAAAAUUUGACGUCAACUUUUUAGACUGGGCAUAUUCUCCUAUUGUGCAAUCGGGAUCUAAAUUCGAUUUGAGAGUGUCGGCGCGUUCUAGUAACGAACAAUUGGAUGGAAAUGGUUGCAUUUUAGCCUCUUGUGGUAUCCGGUACAAAAAUUAUUGUUCCAAUAUUUCCAGGACAUUUCUCAUUGAUCCCUCUGAGGAAAUGACCGAAAAUUACGAUAUCUUACUGUUGUUGCAGGAGGAAAUCAUCAAGCAUUUCCUUACUAUUGGGUCUACUCCAAAGCAAGUCUAUGACCGAGCAGUCGAAUUUAUCAAUAAGAAGAAGCCUGAGUUAGUCUCAUCUUUUACUAAAAACGUUGGUUCUCUUAUUGGAUUGGAAUUCAGAGAUUCGCAAUUCAUUUUGAACGCUAAAAAUGACUACCGUAAAGUUGAAGCGGGUGAUUGUUUUAACAUCUCACUGGGUUUUAACAAUUUGAAGGACUCGAAAUCUGGCUCUACUUAUGCCAUACAAAUUGCUGAUACUGUACAAUUAUCGGCAUCUGGUGAGCAGAAGGUGUUAACGUCCUACACAAAGUCUAGAUCCCAAAUAUCGUUCUAUUUUAAUAACGAUGAGGGUACGGGUACUAAAGUCAAGAACGAGAAGGCUAAAUCGCCUGCCCUUUCUGUAAAACCAGAUGCAAAGUCCAAAAUUUUAAGAAGCAAGUUGCGUGGUGAAACCCGUGCUGAUGAUGAAGAAAAGGAACAGAUCCGUAAGGAAAACCAAAGAAAAUUACACGAAAGGUUACAAAAGGAUGGUUUGCUGAGAUUUAGUGAUGUCGAUGCAACAGAUGGAGACCAAAAGCCUCAGGUAUACUUCAAGAAAUACGAAUCUUAUGUUCGUGAAACUCAAAUACCUACAAACGUUCGUGAUUUAAGGAUUCAUGUUGAUUGGAAAAAUCAGACUAUCAUCUUGCCUAUAUAUGGUAGGCCUGUGCCUUUUCACAUUAAUUCCUACAAGAAUGGUUCCAAGAAUGAGGAAGGUGAAUAUACCUACAUAAGGUUAAACUUCCAUUCCCCUGGAACUGGUGGUGUGAACAAGAAAAAUGAAGAAUUACCCUAUGAGGAUAAUCCUGAACAUCAAUUUGUUCGUUCUAUAACAUUAAGAUCCAAAGAUGGUGACCGCAUAGCAGAUAUCUUUAAACAAAUUUCUGAAUUGAAAAAAGAGUCUACCAAAAGGGAGCAAGAACUUAAAGUUUUAGCUGAUGUUGUGGAACAAGCCAAAUUGAUUGAGAACAGAUCAGGAAGAACGAAGAGAUUGGAUCAAAUAUUCGUUAGACCUAGUCCCGAUGCUAAGCGUGUUCCUGGGACUGUUUUUAUUCACGAGAAUGGUAUAAGAUAUCAAUCUCCAUUGAGGACUGAUAGCAGGAUAGAUAUUCUUUUCUCAAAUAUCAAAAACCUGUUCUUCCAACCAUGUAAGGGUGAAUUGAUUGUUGCUAUUCAUGUCCAUUUCAAGAACCCCAUUUUAAUGGGGAAAAAGAAAAUACAAGAUGUCCAAUUUUAUCGUGAAGCUUCCGAUAUGGCUGUUGAUGAAACGGGUAAUGGUAGACGUUCUCAGAUGAAAUUCAGAAGAUAUGGUGACGAGGAUGAGUUGGAACAAGAACAAGAAGAAAGAAGGAAACGUGCUGCUCUCGACAAGGAAUUUCGAUACUUUGCAGAAGCUAUUGCUGAAGCUUCUGAUGGCUUGGUUGAUGUUGACACUCCCUUCAGAGACUUGGGAUUCCAUGGUGUUCCAAGCAGAUCUGCCGUUUUCUGUAUACCAACCAGAGACUGUUUGAUUCAAUUAGUAGAACCUCCAUUUUUGGUUGUAAACCUAAAUGAAGUUGAAAUCUGUAUCUUAGAAAGAGUCCAAUUUGGUCUAAAGAAUUUUGAUUUGGUGUUCGUUUACAAAGAUUUUGCCAAAGCAGUGACGCAUAUCAAUACUAUUCCAAUUGAACAACUAGAAUUUAUCAAGUCAUGGUUAACUGACGUCGAUAUUCCUUACACAGUUUCCACGAUCAACUUGAACUGGGCUACAAUUAUGAAGUCUUUGCAAGACGACCCACAUCAGUUUUUCUUGGAUGGCGGUUGGUCUUUCCUUGCCACAGGUUCUGAUGAUGAAAUGUCAGGCGGCAGUGAAGAGGAAGUUAGUGAAUAUGAAGUUUCUGAUGAAGAUCCAUCGGAUGAGGAAGUAUAUUCAGAAGAAGAAUAUUCUGAGGCUGAUAAUGAGGAAUUUAGCGAUGAGGGAAGCGAAGAUUUCAGCGACGGUGGCGGUGAAGACGGUGAAGAUUGGGACGAAUUGGAAAAGAAGGCGGCUAAAGCUGAUCGUAUCAGCAGGUUUACCGAUUAA